ACACCGAAGAAUCCCGUCUGCCCCGCCCACCCCGCCGAGGAGAGGCCGGCCGGCACGCAUGCUGGGACCCUGGGAAAUUUGGAAAAUGACGGGGGCGGGGCCAAGGAGAACAAGCGGAGCCCCUCUUGGCCAGGACGGCCCUCAACCCGGCUCUCCUCCGUCCGUCCGUCUAUCGGUCUCCCCCGCGUCCCCACCCGCUCUCUUGUGGGCCGGGAGCCGGGCCAGGGAGGGUGCGGGAUGCUCCGCCUGGGACUGGGCUGCUUCUUCCGAGUAGCCCCUCCCCCCGUCUUGGCCUGGCUGUCCUCCCCCCCCCCCUCCCGUCUUCUGGGGUGCCGUCUCAGCUCCUGCCCAGAUUUCCCAGCUACUGAUGUCACCCGCUCCGGGGGCGGGGGGGCACUUGCUAGCAGGUGACCCUGGUCAAGUCACUGCACUCUUUGGGCCUCCAUUUCCUCGUCUGUCAAAUGAGCUAGAAAAGGAAAUGGCAAACCGGCGGUGUCUUUGCCAAGAGAAAUCCCAGUGGAGUCCUUUGGGGCAUGAAGCACCUACUGUGUGCCAGGCACUGGGGACAGAAAGAGGCAAAGGCAGGUCUGCCCUGGAGGAGCUGGUCUCAGCUGGGCGCACAACCACUGAUGAGCAGGAGGGGGACAAAUGAGGAAGGGCUUCCGGGAGGAGGAGGAGGAGCGGGUUGAGGCAGGACAGAGCCCAGCCUGGGGGGAGGAAGGCCAGGAAUGCCCAGCAGCACUUCCGAGUUGCACCUAGAGGGGGCGAACUUUGGCAAAGUGGAAGAUGGACCCGAGGGGGGAGACUGAGGCCCAGCUGUGGGCGAGAUCGUGAGGAGCCCCAAAUGGUUUCUUGUUCCUCUUAGGAUCCAUGCUGGGUCUGAGCUGCAGGCAGAAGAACGGCAAAGGGAGUGGCUAGGAAGCGUCUAGGGGCACAUUUGAACCCAGGACCUCUAGGCCUGGCUCUCCAUCCACUGAGCCACCGGGCUGACUUACAUUUGAGUCCGGGAGCCAGGAGGCUGGGGGUUCCGUCAGGAAGAAGGGAAGGUUCGGGGUUAGGCGGGCAGCAGAGGGCGGAGCUGGGCGCGGCGGCCAACGCCCCCGUUUAUCUCUUCUCAUCUCUGAGCCGCUCUUUCCUCAGCUUGGCUGCCGGUUAGGGUUGGGGUUCCUCCUUCGUCGGCUCUCCCUUUGGGUGUCUUUUCCGGUCUAGAAGGUCCACUAACCGGGAGGUUUGGGCUUUGGCUUCUCUUCGUCCCAUCAAUCCCUCCUCUGGGCAGCCACGUGGCGCAGCUUCCGAGCUGGCCCCAGACACUUGCUGGGAGGCCCUGAACACGGCACUUCACCCGUUUGCUGCCUCCGUUUCCUCGUCUGUGAAAUAAGCGCCCCCAGUGGGGUCACGGCCGGCCUCGAGCGCGCCACGUUGUUUUCUUUCACGAAGCGGCCGGCUGGAUCCGCAGGCCUCCAGGGCCGCCCCGCCUCCACCGAGCUUCGGCCCUUCACCAAAGAUUCCUUGUUGAUCGCAGUCGGCCUGAGCGCGGUUCCGGCUCUGCUCGGGCUCGCUUCUCGGGCGCCGGACGGCCCGGGGAACUCUGGGAAAACCGCAUUCCGUGCGCGGAGGCGCUGAGCUCUGCUCCUUCGGCCCUUCGGGCGUCUUUCCGCCGAAUGGCGCUUCCCUGGGCGUCUGUCUUACCUGCGCAGCCGGGCCGCCAUCUUGAGGUUGUCACGUGCCGCUUCACACUGGGGCCAUUUUCCUCUGAAGCCGGAGGAGGCCCAUAGCCAGCUGCUUCCUCGGCCCUCCAGCCCCGCCCCGGCUUUCCCCCUGGGGCUCCUGCGGCCACUCCCUUCCCUUCCUCUCCUGGAAAGCGGGCAGGUGGCGCCCCCUGCUGGUUCCUCCCCGAGACCCCCAGAGGAGAGCCCGCCCGGUUCAGCCCCUCCCCCAAUUAGAAUGGAGGCUCUCCAUGCCGGGGCCCUUCCUGUUGGGGGGCAUCCGGAGCCUGCUCUGGCGGUCAGCGGGCACAAGAGUCAGUCCAGGGAGUCCGCCGGGCACCCGGGUGUCCAAGGCCUUCUCCCGGGGAACAUCCGCGGCCACAGCAGGGCCCCGAAGGCCCCGCCGGAGGAACAGGAGGAGAAAAGGGGAGGAGUCCGUCCCGCUUCUGCGAGCCUGCAGAACCAGGGUGCCGCGCGCGCGUGGCGAUGGCGGGGCCCCUGCAAGGCUCCGCGCCGCGCCCAGCAGGUCGGCCAACAUGGCGGUCAGUGCUGGCCAGGAGGCGGCGCAGUCACGACGCGGAAAGAGGGGGACCCGCGGAGUGGGGGGGCCGAGGUGCUCCCCUCCCACACGCAGCAGCGUGGAGUGAGGGUUCGCCAGCUGGGGGAGGCGGAAGGAGGCGAUUCAGGAAUCAAAUGGAGCCCCCCCCCCAUCAGCCAAGAGCCUGUGCCCGCCGCCAGAGCUCCCAUGAGCCUGUGCGGCAGAGACGCCCGCCCGGGGCCCAGAGAUGGGAUGAGAAAGCGUCCCAGCAGCCUCCGCGACCCUCCGUCAGAGCAGCCACACAGGCCAGGCUCCACCGCAGCUCCGCUCCUCCUCCGGGCUGCAGAGGGCAGAGCUGGGCCCAGCCGCUACCCCGGGGCACUCGCGCCCCCCAAACCAGUGACCCCCCAAACCCCUCUCGUGGUUGAAGCCACUGAGGCAGACAGCAGUGAAGUCACUUGUCCAGGGGAUGGUUGGGCCUCGGAGGCUGGAUUGGAACUCGUCUCCCUGCCUUCGGGCCCAGAGUUGGCUGUCCCUAAGAAGGGCUUUUGGCGGGGGGCCUGGAGGGACCAUCGGAGAAAUUCUGCAGCGACUAGGCACUUACCUUCUGUGAAAUGGGGCAAAAAUCCCACCCCAAGUCGGGGAAGGCGGAGGGGGGCCUUGGGGGAGGCGCGCCCAGCCUCCUCGGGGAGGGGGGGCAGCCGGGGGGACCUUCCUCGAAGAAGGAGCCGGGCUCCCGGCCAGGCUGGGGGAAGGCCCUGCUGCGGGCCGGAAGCGCUACGUGCCUGCGAGGGAGGGGCAGAACUCGGCCUCAGACCCCCCCACCUGAGCCCGCCCGGCUCCACGUGCCUCCCUCUCCUGGCACCCAGAGGCCGCCUGGCGAGCCGGCCUCCUUCCCACACCCGGCCGGGCGCCUCUGGCCAAACCACAGCCUAAUCCCGUGGGGGGGGGCGGAGGGGGCACCCCAUAAAGCCCCGUCGGGCAGCGCAGCAGGAGCGACGAGUGCGGCCGGCAGCCCUGUGAGCACCAUGAAGGGAGGCGGCGCGGCGCUGCUGCUCCUGGCCCUGGCCCUGUGCUGGGCCCCGGCCAGGGCCUCGGACAACGAGUUCUUCCUGGAGUUUCUGCAGACGCUGCUGGUGGGCUCCGUGGACGACCUGUACACGGGGCCGCUGGCGGCCUACAAGAUCAACCCCGACGCCAAGGCCGCCAUGUCCGACCUCAAGGCGUGCAUCGACAACCUGGCGCCCGUCCACAAGUCCGAGCUGGUCAAGCUGCUGGUGAUGGUCUUGGACAGCCGCGCCGAGGACGCCUGAGGAGCCUCCCGGCCCCCCCCCCACUUGGUCAAUAAAGUCUCAGCGGGCUCUGGUGGCCUCCGUCCCUCUG